ACAAAAUAUGAAAUAAAAAUAUUUAACUUUGUCUUUUGUUUUUAGACUCUGGAAAAUUAAAGUGCCUGCUACAACAGAAGACAUGAUAGCACACAUCUCUGGAAGAGCAAUCACUUUUCAGGAUUGUUUUGUUGUUGAUACUCCUCUUGUCAUUAUUACUUACCACAUUUAUUCAGAAAAUAGUUAUACUCUUUCUGUCUCUUCUCCAGCUGGUAGUAAUAUAAUGGUAUCAUGGUCUGAAUGUUUUCCAACAUCAGCAGUUUUAGUGACAGAUUUUGGUACAUUCUUCACAAAUGAUGGAUUCAUAACUUCAAAAGAAAUCAAAUUUCCAUCAAAUGUUAUAGAUGCAGCUUUGAUUCACAGUGUAAAAGAAGUGGCUGUGUUUUUUGACCACUUUAUGAUUUUAAUAGGAGGUAUAAUUUAUAAAGUACAGGAGAAUGAGAUUACCAGACUUGGAGAAGAUAUGGGUCUUCCAGAAUCAGGAAUAAUUGGAAUACGGUCAAGAACAUGGUGUCCUUCUGAAUACCCAGAAUUGAAUACUUUAAGUGACUUAAUUAUAUGGACGAAUGAUACAGUUUACUUACACUCAAGGGACUAUUGGUAUAUCUUGUUAACUAAUGUAAUCAUAUUAAAGGAAGCUCUGAAAUUUCAACCUACUGCUGAUAUAUCAAUACUCAAAGCUUGCUUUGAUUCACUUCCUAAUGAAAUUUCACUACUUAUAGAAUGCAAUGGAUGUGUCUCUACCAGAGUACUAUACUUGGCCGCAGUUGAUGAACAAACAGAUAAAUGGAUGUUGCGAGAUUUUUCCAUAUCUGCUUCUACGCAAGGGGCUAUGAAUAUGAAAGUCUUAUAUUCAGCGUCAACAUCCAUGAUGCUCUGGGAUGAUGACAAAGUCUAUUAUACUUAUGGAGGAAAUAAAAUUAAUGGAUAUCUUAAAGUGUCUGGUACAGAUGUGAUAUUGUCAGCAGCAUCAGAAGGCUCCACUAUUCAUCAAAUUGUUAUUGACCAUUAUGGGAACACCAUAAUAAAGCUGAAAAAUAAUAUCAUGUUUUUCUUAAAGUUUGAAAUGACUGAUGCUGUCAAGCUUGCUGCUUGGGAAAAUGAGCAUAAAAACUUUGCCUUUUAUUGGAUUAUAGCUGGUACCAUAUAUCUGUUGUCUGUUGAUGGUCAUACUAUAAAUCGAAAGACCUAUCCAUUGAAAACAGAAGUAUUUAGUGCUGUGUUUACAUCAGAAGAACUUUGUCCAUACAUAUCAUUUCAACACAGUGUACAGUCCAAUGUUUAUUAUUUGGACAAGAGACAGAAUGUGACAUUUUGGACACAGAUUGUCUUUCUAGAAAAUCUGGGUUUAUCUACAGAGAUUUCCGUCUACAGGCAAGACUUGCUAAAGCAAAAAACAGACCUUCACUAUGAAAUAGCUCGAGGAAUCUGUACUAAGAAUCAGGUAAACGAUUUCUCUCUGCCACUCCCCAGCCUCCGCGGCUCGUCCGCGGCGCUCUCGGCCGACUUCGCUCCCCGCCCCCGACGUCUCACCGAAGCCUCACCGGAGCAGCCUCUCCGGAACAGCCUCUCUCACCGGAGCAGCCUCUCCACGGCAGUCCGUGGUCGCACCUCACUUCCACCACAGCGCCAGGCCCGUCAAUCGUCGGGUUUCUACAGCCGCCUUGAGAUAAACUGGAAGCACGAGCUAGAGCUGAGUGCCAGCUGCAUAUUGGUGAAAACCCAGCCCAGCUUUCCGGAUGACCUCAGUCAGUGGUUUAAAGAGCAUAGGGACAAGAUGAAAAUACAGUAUGAUAAGAGAACGUUUGGUUGCCCAAUAGAUGUCUAUUAUGGAGAUCCUUUUCGUCCUUUAGUUAUGCUAUAUGAUGCUGAUACAUUUAUUGAUGUGGUUGAAUCAGAAUAUGUAUUAUGGGAAAUGAAUGGCAGGACAGAUUUCUUUUACAAUGCAAGCAUGAAUGAGGCACAGUGUUUACGUUAUGCCCAGAACUGGCAUAGUAUGAUUCACAAAGACAAAGACCAAAACCUAACAUUGGAGGAAAUAGAUGAAAUUUGGGGACCACAUCUUUCCCUCUCUCCUAGCAGUCUUUUCCUGGGGUUUGAACUUGACUCAGCAGAGUGUGGGAUUUCAACUUGGCUCUCCCAGAUCUGGCAUAGUAUGAUUCACAAAGACAAAGACCAAAACCUAACAUUGGAGGAAAUAGAUGAAAUUUGGGGACCACAUAAUUACAAAAGCUGUUUCAAAUUUGAACAUGGACGUUUCAGAAACAUGCAUGAGCCAUAUGAGAUUUUGAACCACUCUGGCAUCAAUUCUAUCACUUGGCCUCAGUACUAUGCUGGCAUUUAUUUGUUCAGGUUGAGGAUACUGGACCCAAACUUUAGUUUUUGUGACUUGUCUGCAUUAUUUGCUGUCCACACAUAUGGCAUCACUGAAAGCCCAAGUGGUGUUAAGGUUGCUGGUUUCUCUACCUUGAUAGUAACUUUGUUUUUGGGAGUCCUUGUCUUCAGCUAUUUCAGAUAUGUUACAAUAUUUCGGUCACUCCUUUGUGUUGAUGCUCUGCGGCCCCUUCAUCCACGUCUUCGUGCAAGAACUUCAGCAGAUGAACUUAAGAAAGAAGAAUAA